ACUGCAACAACAAAACUCAUCUUUUUUUUUUAUACUCUUCCCUUCACAUCUUUUUUGCUGGUCAAAGAGAUCAAAAACACAUACAUUUUCAUCAUGAUAUCUUCUCUGUUUUGGUCCAUAUUACUGCUGUGCAUGGUGGGACGAAAUAUGGUUGCCACCCUUCCUGUGGGCGCACGCCAACAAACCGUCCAGUCCAUCGAAGACGAUUGGCCGUUGACAAGUGAAUUCGCUGUGCGAGACAACAUCCAGACCUAUUACGAAAACAUUGUCGAUGACGUACUGAGUACACAAAGUGAAGAUCUUUUAUUGGGACUGUCCCGGUCGCUGCGCGAUCGACAACAGUUGACCAAACUCCUUGGACCCCAAGCGGCUCGUCUUGGCUUUGUCAGCAUGCAUGAAACUUGCAUGAUGAAGAUGCCAGGAUUUAUCGCUAGUCGUCUCAACGAACUGAACAACCGUAUCUUUACCUCGGUCGAUCCAGCGGUAUCGGAGUGGUUGCCUGUGCGAUGGCCUGAAGGCGAUCAUCCCGAGGUGGUGCUGGGCACACUUCGGGAACGGGAUGAAUGGAGCGAGCAAAACGAGCUGGUCUCUUCUUUGCAGUCUUUGAAACAAGAUAUCCAGCAAUCGUUGUGGCAAGUCAUGGACCAGUACGCCCUCCACCAACAAAUUGCCAAGGAUAUACAAACAUGCCAACAAGAACGUGAAGCCUCCACCAGCGACAGCCAUGCCAGCCAUCGUUUGUCCUGGUUCACCAAUCUUGGUCAAUGGUUCGGCAACCGUGAUACCACUCCAAAAGAAGAAAGGGAUCUAUCCGAUGUGUCGUCUUCUGAAGCCUCCGACAUGUUACAAGUUUACAUUGAUGCGAUCCGUAUCGAAUUGGCAUCCGAGUUUGACGACCGUAUCGACACCCUGGUCAGCAAUAUCUACACGGAUCUCUUGUUCGAAGAUACCAUCUAAAACUUUUUGUAAAAACAUUUGAGGUGAUACGCUGAGCGUUCACCA